ACUGCAGAAAAGGUCCCUGGAAGAGGCAUUUACCUCACCAAGUCCGGUUUCUGGGCCGUGCGGAAAGAGCGUCGGAUCCGGCGCCUGGAUGCGCUUUAUGUAUCCUCAGAGAUAGGACAGAAUCCUGUGUCGCUGGGGAAGGGAUUUUAGAGUUUCUCCACACGAAUUGUAACCGACGAUCUGCCUCAACUUUGCGGCUUUUUGCUGGUCUGGAAACGCAGGUACCGAGGGCCUCUGACCGACGUUGCAAGAAAUGGCAACAAGUCUUUUGAAGACAUCUCUGUCUGCAAGGACAAAAUUGCUAUAUCAGACUGGAUUGUCACUGUAUAAUACAUCUCACAGCUUCCAUGAAGAAGAAGUAAAAAAAACACUUCAGCAAUUUCCUGGUGGAUCCAUUGACCUUCAAAAGCAAGACAAUGGCAUUGGCAUUCUGACUCUGAACAAUCCUAGUAAAAUGAAUGCAUUCUCAGGUGUUAUGAUGCUACAACUUCUAGAAAAAGUAAUUGAAUUAGAAAAUUGGACAGAGGGGAAAGGCCUCAUUGUCCUUGGAGCAAACAAUACUUUCUGCUCAGGAUCUGAUCUGAAUGCUGUGAAAGCACUAGGAACUCCAGAGGAUGGAAUGGCCUUGUGUAUGUUCAUGCAAAACACCUUAACAAGAUUCAUGAGACUUCCUUUAAUAAGCGUUGCAUUGGUUCAAGGACGGGCACUGGGUGGAGGAGCAGAAGUUACUACAGCGUGUGAUUUUAGGUUAAUGACUCCAGGAAGUGAGAUCAGAUUUGUCCAUAAGGAAAUGGGUAUAAUACCAAGCUGGGGUGGCACUACUCGGUUGGUUGAAAUAAUCGGCAGUAGACAGGCUCUCAAAGUGUUAACUGGUGCCCUCAAAGUGGAAUCAGAAAAAGCUUUAAACAUAGGACUGGCGGAAGAGGUCUUGCAGUCUUCAGAUGAAACUCAGUCUCUAGAAGAGGCACAAGAAUGGCUACAGCAGUUUAUCAAAGGGCCACCAGAAGUAAUUAGAACUUUGAAAAAGGCUGUUUCUUCAGGCAGAGAGCUGUGUAUAGAGGAGGCAUUACAGAAUGAAAGAGAUCUUGUAGGAACAGUUUGGGGUGGACCUGCAAAUUUAGAGGCUAUUUCCAGGAGAGGAAAAUUUAAUAAAUAAUUUGUUUUUUAAAAAUGUCAAGUAUUACAAGUAAAGCUCCAGUGGUUAAUAUGCAUAAAAGUUAAAUGCCAGAAUUACUUUGAAGGCUGCUACUAGUAUUUGUAAUGUCUUUAAUACCUGAACUCUGGAUUAGUUUUCAGUAUAUUUGUGUAUUUACCAAGUAAUUGAGAACAUCUGAAUAAAAUACACAACACAUUCAUCUUAAAAA